GCUUGAACUCUGCAGGCAGCCCGAUUAACCCUGCUUCUUGCAAUGUGAGUGAUCUUCAAGCCAAAGUUAUCACGCUCAUCCAACCGAUCGAUGACUCUGCAGUGGAACAACUUGACUGUCUGGUGCCCGCAAUACUGCCGUAUCGUGGCGUCUUUGUAUGGAGGCAGAUGCUCACCUUCUCAAGGAGCUUUGUCGCUCCGAGGAGGAAACUGUAUUAAGCUCUCGCCGGUAGCUUUUCCUGCGAAGAAGAUAUCAGGAAUGCGGUUCCGAGCUUAUCCCCCGCGUCCCUAUCGUGGUCGCGUGCUUCAGAUUUGUUGUCGACGUAACCCGUUGCACGGAUCCUGCCUAUGGUCUAGCUUGGUCCAGAAGGCUCGAGUAACAAAGUAAUAAUUGCGUGCCAAUAAAUUCCUGCUGUCCUACGUCGCCACACAGGCUUGUCCCUUCCCUCUCCGCACGUUCUCGGUAAACCCCGCUUCAGAAGUCUUUCUGAUAUCCCCUGGAAGGCUGAUGGAUCAGCAUGGGAGGUCCGCCCCUGACGACCUGCAGCCUCGUUCGAU